AUGAAUAUUGCAGAGACGAGAAAGACAUACAAAGCAAUCUGGAGUCUACUUGUGCUCAUGGGAGCUACACUCCAGAGCUCGGACAAUGGUGCAAACCCAGGUGGAAUCUAUAGCUUUAGAAACUAUCCUGUGGAUACGACUGUAAUAUCUAUAUGUAGACAAGGCAUUAGAUUUAUUGGCAGCGAUAUUGGGAGACUAGUAAAUCUAGAGAAGCUGGAUCUCAAAGGUAACAAUCUCAAGGCACUACCACCUGAGAUAGGAGAGCUGAAGAAUUUACAGCAUCUGGAUCUUAGAAAUAAUAAACUCGAAUCAUUGCCACCCGAGAUAGAAGAAUUGAAGAAUUUACAGCAUCUGGAUCUUGGUGAUAACAAGCUCAAGGCACUACCAUAUGAGGUAGAAGAGUUGAAGAAUUUACAGCAUCUGGAUCUUGGUUAUAACCAAUUUGAAUCAUUUCCAACAGUGAUAAGAAAACUAAAGAAUCUAGAAAGACUGAUUCUCAACAAUAACAAAUUUGGAUUAUUCCCCAUUGAAAUAGCAGAGCUAAAGAAACUACAGAUCUUGUAUCUCCGUGGUAACAAGCUAAAGCUAUUGCCAGACGAGAUAGGAGAGAUGAAGGAACUACGAGAACUGGGUCUCGAUGAUAACGAACUUGAGUCAUUUCCAACAGUGAUAGCAGAGCUGAGGAAAUUACAGACCUUGGAUCUUGGUUACAACGAAUUUGAAUCAUUUCCAACGGUGAUAGUAAAGCUGAAGAAUCUACAAUAUUUGUUUCUCAAUGAUAACAAGCUAAAGCUAUUGCCAGACGAGAUAGGAGAGCUGGAGAAUCUGCGAGAAUUGAAUCUCCGUGGUAACAAACUUGAGACACUACCACCUGUAAUAGGAGAGCUGGAGAAUCUAUAUGUACUGGAGCUCUAUAAAAAUAAUCUCGAGUCAUUACCAGAUGUAAUAGGAAAGCUAAAGAAUCUAGGGAUGCUGAAUCUUGGUAAUAACAAGAUUGAGACACUGCCAGCAGCAAUAGGAGAGCUGCAGAAUCUGCGAGAACUGUAUCUCAGUGAUAACAAACUUGAGACACUACCAGUUGAGAUAGAAAAGCUGUCAGGUUCAUUGCGAUUACUGAAUUUGAUGGGAAAUAACAUGUCAGAGGUUGGCGAUGGAGAAAGGACUGUGGGUAGGAGAGAACUGAGAGCGAUAUUUGGGGAUCGUGUUGUGCUUGAUAACGACAUCGUUGAAUAUGAAGAAGAUGAAAUUUCAGUCGGGGAUGUGUACAGUGAACUUAAGAGCAAGCCAAUGCACUGGAACUUUGAGAUGCUGAGAACACUCAGACCGCAGUCAGUUCCUGAGUUGAAGUGCAGCGAGGAAGAAUUGGUGAGGCUGUGGAAUGAGAGCAUGUUUGUGAGGGAGUGGGACAGGCUGAGGCCCGAGGUCAUUGAGACGAUUGAGGCCAGCAGAAGAGUCCUUGUGGCAGUGUAUGGAGAGGGCUUUUCUGCACUGCUCAGGACAGAUGUAGACGGAGAGACCAGAAAUAGGAAUAUCACAGAGAUUGUUACAAAGGUUGCAGACAACAAAAACAGCUACACCAAGCAACGGAACAUAUCAAAGCUCACUGGUAAUGACAAAAACACCUUUAAAGACAUGUGGGAGAAGAACAGCCGCAAGUUCAUAAUGGGCGACAACAAGAGAACAAUGGACGAGUUCAUACACCACAUCUACAAUCCAGACAAAGAGUACAGGAGGUGGAGGAUGAAGAAGGAGCACACGGGUCUGGCCAAGAACCUGCUUGGAGCCAUACUCAAUGCUCUUUCGAAAGAGAGCGAUGGGGACGUGGUCGUCUCGAACAUCAAUGUGAUCUGUGAGGGGCUUGGGUAUUGUCCGGACAGACAGAUAUCCGAGAUGAUGUUUGUGCACAAUUUGCUGACAGGAGAUGUGGAGGAGCAGGAGGGUAGCAGUCUGGAGGACAGAGUGAGGAAGGUUGUUGAGACAUGGGUUGGGCAGGAAAAAGAACGGGUGUUUGAUAUUGCCGUCACGCCCCUGAAUGUGGGGCAGAAUGUGCAUGUUCAGAACUUCUGGAGAUACGAGUUGCGGGACGAUGUUGGGCUUGACUUUGAGUUCCAGACGGGUAUUAUAGGUAGGGAGCAGUUGGCGCGGAUGGACAGAUUCCGCCUACGUCCGGGGAAUGCACUGAGGGCCUUCUACAGGAUAUUCACACCGGAGCACAUGAUAGAUGUGCUGACAGGACGGAUCAACAGCAGGGGCCGCAUUGUGAGUAUGAUAGCACAGCUGAUAUGCACCACGGAGAUCAGCAAUGAGGAUAGGAAGCGGAUGUGCCGGUGGGACGAGAAGGAGAUACCGAGUGGUCUUUCAGAGGAUGUUGAGUACAUGGUUGGAUGCAUCCCUGAGAUCACUAGGGAGUUUGCGAAGUAUUUCCUGGUGAAGAUGGGUGUUAUUGUUGAGAGAGGCGGCUGGUGGGGAAUAUCCUCACGAAGACUAGGUGGAUGUUUACUGCAAUAA